AAGAUGCGUGCUGGCCGGUGUUGUGCCUCCGCAGGUUUGGAACUUGGUGGCUGGAGAGACCUGGUCCGAGCGCCGCUUUCGUCCCUUUUUAACCCCAACCCUCCGGGUCUUUUUACCCUUUGCAGCCUUCUUUCCCCACCCCAGGCCGCCUCUGGGACUCACGAAGUACCAUUAGAAAAGAGGCCCUCAGAAGAUUCUUCCCUUAAGAAGAUAAAGAAAGUAGUGGAAACGAGCCUCCUGAGCUUUUCAGGCCCUAAAUGGCUGAAGAAUCAAGAAAGCCUUUAGCCCUGUCCCCACCAGACCAGGCUCCUGAAGAGGAUCUUGUAAUUGUCAAGGUAGAGGAGGACCAAGGUUGGGACCAAGAAUCUAGUCUGCAUGAAAAUAACCCUCCUGGCCAAGAACUAUUCCGCUUGCGCUUCAGGCAGUUAUGCUACCAGGAGACGCUAGGACCCCGAGAAGCUCUGAUCCAACUCCGAGCACUUUGCCAUCAGUGGCUGAGGCCAGAUUUGAACACCAAGGAGCAGAUCCUAGAGCUGUUGGUGUUGGAGCAGUUUUUGACCAUCCUGCCCGAGGAGCUCCAGACUCUGGUUAAGGAGCAUCAACUAGAGAACGGAGAGGAGGUGGUGACCCUAUUAGAGGAUUUGGAAAGGCAGAUUGAUAUAUUAGGACGACCAGUCCCAUCCCGUGCACAUGGACAUAGGGUACUCUGGGAAGAGGUGGUACAUUCAGAAUCUGCACCAGAGCCUCCACGUACUCAGCUCCAACCUGUGACAACCCAGCAUAAAUCUCCAGUGCCCCAAAGGCCACGAGAGAGAGCCAUGUCUUCUUCUCAGAGUCCUACCCCUUCCCAGAAAGGAAGUUCUGGAGACCAGGAAAUGACAGCUACACUUCUCACAGCAGGGUUCCAGACUUUGGAGAAGAUCGAAGAUAUGGCUGUGUCCCUUAUUCGAGAGGAGUGGCUUCUUGAUCCAUCACAGAAGGAUCUGAGUAGAGAUAGCAGGCCAGAGAAUUACAGGAACAUGUUCUCCCUGGGUGGUGAGACCAGGAAUGAGAACAGGGAAUUAACUUCAAAACAGGUAAUAUCUUCUGGAAUCCAACCACAUGGAGAGACAGCUGCCAGAUGCAACGGGGAUGUUAUUGGGGGUCUUGAGCAUGGAGAAGCCCAAGACCUUCUGGGCAGAUUAGAGAGGCAGCGGGGAAAUCCCACACAAGAGAGACGGCAUAAAUGUGAUGAAUGUGGGAAAAGCUUUGCUCAGAGCUCAGGCCUUGUUCGCCACUGGAGAAUCCACACUGGGGAGAAGCCCUAUCAAUGUAAUGUUUGUGGUAAAGCCUUCAGUUACAGAUCAGCCCUUCUUUCACACCAGGAUAUCCAUAACAAAGUAAAACGAUAUCACUGUAAGGAGUGUGGUAAAGCCUUCAGUCAGAACACAGGCCUGAUCCUGCACCAGAGAAUCCAUACUGGGGAGAAGCCGUAUCAGUGCAAUCAGUGUGGAAAGGCUUUCAGUCAGAGUGCAGGCCUUAUUCUUCACCAGAGAAUCCACAGUGGGGAGAGACCCUAUGAAUGUAAUGAGUGUGGGAAAGCUUUCAGUCAUAGCUCACACCUCAUUGGACAUCAGAGAAUCCACACUGGGGAGAAGCCCUAUGAGUGUGAUGAGUGUGGGAAAACCUUCAGGCGGAGCUCACAUCUGAUUGGCCAUCAGAGAAGCCACACCGGGGAGAAACCCUACAAAUGCAAUGAGUGUGGGAGGGCCUUCAGUCAAAAGUCAGGCCUUAUUGAACAUCAGAGAAUCCACACUGGAGAAAGACCCUAUAAAUGUAAAGAAUGUGGGAAAGCUUUCAAUGGGAACACUGGUCUCAUUCAACAUCUGAGAAUCCAUACAGGGGAGAAGCCUUAUCAGUGUAAUGAGUGUGGAAAAGCCUUUAUUCAGAGGUCGAGUCUCAUUCGACAUCAGAGAAUCCACAGUGGUGAAAAAUCUGAAUCUUUAGGAGUUUAGGAAAAGCUUCAGUCAUAGUUUGAGCACUGUUCAACAUUAGAGAAACCACAAACUGCUGAGAAGUCUUUCAGUGUAGUAAAAAGGCAGAUAGCUUGUCAUCAUUGCAACUUUAGUGUCAGAAUCUGUAGUGGAGGCAAAGUUAGGAUAGCUCUUUAGUAGUUUGGGCCCCGGGCCUUGAUGCAAGUUGAUUAGCUUGACUGUCUUUGGAGGUGUCUGAUGGAGCUCCCAAUGGCCUAAUAUAUUCUUUAGAAAUUUAAAAUAGCAUUAGAGCAAGUUGCUUGUUGUGGCUUGAGGCACUUUGUCUUUUGGGUGAGUAGCUAUAGAUCUGAGAGAGACUGCUACUCCUAGUUCCUCUGCUUCUUCCCAUCUCCUGUGAUCCCCUUUCCCAUUUUUUUCCUGGAAGGUACCCUUGUACUCCUAAUCUGAUCUAAGAAGCUGCUCUAGAAUCUGAAGCAGCCUCUAUGUGAAACUUAUAUUUUUAUUUAGCUUUCUAAGACCCUAGUUCUAGGAAAAUUUUAUAGACACUUAACAUAUUUAUGGUUAAGUGCGAUUUUUUUAUUCUGAUAUUCCUUCUAGUUGAUAGAAAUCCAUAUUUCCAUAUAAACUCAGAAUGCUAUAUUUUUAACAGCACUCCGGCAUUUUUCUUCAUGUAUCACCUUCACUGACUCCACUGAGUCAUUGAGCAUCUGUACAUAUCCUUCACCACCCCCAGUCCCAGUACCUGUGUCAGCAAAGGAAGUGGAUUCAUUAGUGAUGGUUGUGGGAGUGAUGCAGAGAAAGAGGUGAGUAGAGACUCAGCCCAGCUGCUCUUAAGCUUGGAUAGUUAUACCUUUUGGUGACUUCUGACUCUCCUUCUACCUCUUACCUGUAUACUGUGGUACAAAUAGAUAUUUGCACUAUCCUAUUUUUAUAGCAUCAGAUAGGAGGAGAAGUCAGAAUUGCUUGAAGAAGACAUAACAAUUCUUAUAAAGAAUAUAUACUCAUUGUUUUUGGCCCAUUACAGUAUAUUGCUCUCUCAGGUUACUUUCAACCUGCACAAACUCACUGAUGAGAUGGUCUGUCACUUGUCAUUACCUUGGUUCCACUGCUUCAGAUGGCCUCAGUACCUUACUUAGUAUUCUCCAUUAUUGCCACUAGUUGAUAGAAUUUUCAUAAUUAUGAGGUAAUUAUGAUACUUACCUCAUAAUUUCCUAUUCUUUUGAAUUUUGGUGCACUCCAUCUGUAAUCUACCGAUAAAGAUACAUUAUUAAGCUCAUCAUCACCAGGCACUAUAUUUCAUCCUUGAGGCUUUCAAUAUACUAAGGAAUACUGCAUAAAGUAUAGUAACAUGCUAGAACCAUUAUGGAUUGUCCUUUAAUUAGGUAGUUCUUGUUAUUCCAAUAGUGUUACUAUUCCUCCAGAUAUUUGGAGCACUUAGAAUUCCUAUUUAAUAAGCUUUAUAAGAAAACCCUCUGUUACUCUUACACUUCCUUUAAACUUUUU